ACCAGUUUAUAGCUGCUUCUGAACGUCUGCCUGAUGCAUUCACUUACAUGAUGGAGCCUCAACCCAUGAUUCAGACCAUGUAAGCACGUGGUGUGAGCACGCGUGCACUGACUGCUUCGGCUUGCACUUCAUGUCGUCUCUUCACCGCCAACACCUAGUCCACAAUGAUCAACAACACCACUUCCAAUUACAUCCAAUCCCACCACUCUACUCCCCUUCCACCCAACACAGGCAUGCAGACAUCACUCCCCCGUACAACGAGGCUCCCAUGUCUGGCACCUUUGCUUCCUCGCUCGAUGAGGAUGCGCUGAACAGACGCACCCUCUGGAAGCUCGACAUCAUCCUACUACCUUUCUUGUCCCUGCUCUUUCUACUCAACUCGCUGGAUAGAUCAAAUAUUGGCAAUGCAGAGACUGCUCAUUUCACCACCGAUGUCGGCUUGGAGAAGAAGGACCUCAACACCGCCGUAGCCCUGUUCUUCGCCUUCUUCGUCACCCUACAACCCAUAGGUGCUGCACUGGGCCGUCGCUUUGGCAUGCCCAUAUGGGUCCCUAUAACCAUGUCGCUAUGGGGAGUGUGCACAGCUUUGCACGUCUGGGUCCGCUCAAAGUGGCAGCUAUACACCUUGCGCAUAAUCAUCGGCAUACUUGAAGCUGGAUUUUACCCGACCACCGUCUCAUAUCUCUCCCUCUUCUACACCCGCUAUGAGUUUGGACGCCGACUGGCUCUCUUCUAUGGCCAGUACGCAGUCGCUGGUGCCGUGGGAGGCCUGCUCUCCUUCUUCGUCUUCUCCCACUUCGGGGGCCAGCCGGAUUCUGAUGGUCCAGCUGGCAUAAGCAAAGACGGUUGGGAGUCAUGGCAGGUCCUCUUCCUCCUAGAAGGCUGUGGGACGAUUGUCGUGGCUCUCAUUGGCUUCUUUUGGCUUCCCAAAUCAGCAGGCUCGGCGUGGUUCCUCAGCCACGAAGAGCGCAAAUGGGCAGAUACUAGGAUACAACGUGAUAGAGAUGACGUCGAGCACAAUGAAGACAUGAAACCACGCAGCGACGAAGAGGGUCCGGAAGAUGAGGCCGAUGAGCCCCAUGCACACCAUCACGCGUCUGAAUCUCGCGGUCUACUGUCCUCUACACAGUCCCUGGCCCGGUCGCAGAUGUUGACCGACUCCCGCGGUAUAACAGCUCACGACGUGCUCAGUUCCAUCUCCAGUCCAAAAGUAUACCACCUACUCCUCUGCAACAUCCUAUCCUCCAUCCCAGUCACCUCCUUUUCCGUCUUCCUCCCACUCGUCCUAGCCCCCUUUUCACCACACCCCUCAACCGCAAACCUCCUCACCGUCCCGCCCUACAUCUGUGGCGCCGUCACCCUCUACGCAUUCACAAUGUGGUCCGACCGCCGCCGCGAACGCCUCCUCCCCAUCCUCACCAGCCUAAUCCUCCUCCUCGCCGGCCUCCUCGCCGUAACCACAAUGCCAGCCACAAAACAAUGGGUCAUACCCCGCUACAUCUCCCUCUGCAUCCUGCUCUGCGGCACCUUCAUCGCCUCACCCCUGACCGUUGCCUGGAUCUCCGGCAACACCCCAUCUCCCGGUAAACGCGCCCUCAUGCUCGGCAUCAACGGCUGGGGCAAUCUCGCCGGCAUCUUCGGCACUUUGAUCUUCGCCCCGCGCUAUGGGCCCUCGUAUACCACUAGCUUCUGGUUCGCGACUGUCUGUGUCGCUGUUGCCGCGGCUGGCUAUGCCUCUUUUCGCGUCUUGCUGGUGCGUGAGAAUGCGCGGAGGGUGGCGUGGGUGCAUGCUGCCGAGGCUGAUGAUGUGGCUGCUGAGGAGGCGGAGGGGCGUGGUGGUGGGGAUGGUGGUGGUGGUAAGGAUGGGAUGCUCCUGGAUGUGGCUGCGUGGGUGGUGGAGAGAGUCGGGUGGAAGGGUGCGAGGAGGUGGAUUGAUAGCGUGCGUGAGGAUGGCAGAGAGGGCGAUGAGCGCUGGACGUUUGUGUAUGGUCUUUGAUGCUCAAGGGGUUGUGUUGCAUGGUGUAUCUGUGGGAGUGUCGCGUUGAUAGCUAGAGAGAAACACACAGACGACCAUUCGCUACAUAUAAAGAUUCAACUCAGCACACAAGCAUCCUCACAACCUCAAGCCCCCACCUCCUACGUCCUCCCCACCCCAACCAUCCCCCUCCUCC